UUAUCCAGAGGAUUGAAAAAUUGGGGGUAUUUCCUUCUGGUUGCUGUCUGUUCCCAGUGCAUCACUGCGUGGAGGGCCACAGCUCUGUGUCUGACACCCCCACAGCACCAUGAAGACACCAGGCACAUGGUGGAGUCUGUACCUGAAGUUACCUGACAGAGAAAGAAGAGAUCCUGCACUGAACAUGUCUGAAGAAAGUCAUGUGAGGCAUCUGCAUUAUCUGCUGGGGAAAUUUUCCAUACAGAAUCAGAGAUUAUGGGGCAGGAGGGGGCAGAUUAAAGAGCCAGCACUUGACAGUAGUAUUCAAGCCUCUUUAGGUUCAAAGAGAACUAAAAGAAGGAUGAUUAACCUGGCCAGCUACCCAGAGGUGGGAUAUCUGACGCAACUGAGAUAAGCACAUUACUGCGCAUUAGGUAUAAUUAGCGUUUGGACGCAAGCAAGGCUCUUACCCCAAGGAUUAAUCCCUGGACUGAACAGAAAUGCUGUCAGGGGCAAUUAGGUAACUCCUUGUCAGAGGAGCGGGCAGAGGAAGUGCAUGGAAGAACAUCUCAUUCCCCAGCAGCCUGCACGUCCACGUCUGCUCUCACCCGGGAGCUGCAUCCCAGGGCUGGAGGCAGCUGAGGAGCUCCAACAGCCUGGGGCUGCAUAGCACCCGUAGGAGCCAGAGGAGACCCAUCUGCACCCAACGCUGGACAACUAUCUGCCUGGUCUGGGACCAGGGACCAGCCAGAUAGAGGGAUCUGAGCGAGGCAUACUUCUGACAGUAGCCCAACGAUGAGCGAGAACCCCACCACCAACCUUACCACUGGAGAUGCUCCCACCGGUCCCACCACACCACGCAAGGGGCCUCCAAAGUUCAAGCAGAGACAGACAAGGCAGUUCAAGAGCAAGCCUCCUAAAAAAGGAGUAAAAGGGUUUGGAGAUGACAUCCCGGGCAUGGAGGGGCUGGGGACAGAUAUCACAGUGAUUUGCCCAUGGGAAGCUUUCAGCCAUCUGGAACUGCAUGAGCUGGCCCAAUUUGGGAUCAUCUAAGGCCCCAGCAUCUCUACUGGUGUCACUUGGUGACUCCAUAGAUCCCAGCUUGGUCUUCAUCACCUUUGACACUGAUUUUUGGCCCUUACAUCCACUUGCUCUUGGGCAGGGUGGUUUUGUAAGAGCUACUUAUGAGAAAGUCCUUUGCAAAUUAAUUUGGCAAAGAAGUUACUCAGGACCCUGAACAGAUUGCAUGUUCCAUGUGAAGAAACUACUGAAAAUGUCUUAAUGCCUCCCUGCACCAUACCCUGUCUUCUCCUACUGUUGUAGAUCUUCAUGUCUGUGGAGAAAAUAGGAGGCUUCAUUUAAGCUUUUCUCCUGGUUAGCUGAGAUAGUGUGUGUAUGGGUGUGCAUGUAUGCCCAGACCUAAUUAUAUCAAACUCAUUCUUUUUUCUUCCUUCCCUUCCUGAUAGCUUUCUAUAUAGGAUUUCCAUGGGUAUGUUCCCACGUUAUACGCUCCUGACAACUAAUUGGUGUUGCAGAUCUGUAGAGAACAAAAUCAGAGUAACUAGUGCAGAUAUUGGGCUGCUUUUAAGUAGGAGAGCCUUCCCCAGGGGUUCACCAUCAGGAACCUGCUGCUAGGAUUCACCUGACCAAGGAAGGGGGAAAGGGCUUGGAAACGUUCUCUCUGCCCACCAGCUACAGGUUACAAGACUGUUCUAAUUGUGUUAAAUGAAAAUGUGUGUGUCUGAGAUCAAAAGCUAAAUGAAUUAA